AUGCCUUCAGCGAUUGCGGCGACCCCUGCUGACGCAGGUCGCCGACAAUCAAAAUCCACAGGACUUCUUAAAUCUGUGAUGCAUAAUCUUCUCGGAGCCUCACCACCUUCUCCAGCGCUGCCAGCGCAAAACUCAUCUUCAGCACCAACAUACUCAGAAUCCCUACCACCUACAUCGAAUCCAACCUCAAACCCAACUUCAGACCCUUCUUCGCAUCCGAACAAUCCGAACAACUACGCAGUCCUUCCUCCUCCCCCAGACGGUGACCAUAGCCAUCUUCCUCCACCAGCAAAUGCACCUUCGUCUUUGGCUGUGGCUCUCCGAUCGCUAAACGAUUUGACCGAAACCCCCACCUAUGCGCGAAGUGUCACUUCGACAGCGCCGAGCUCGCCACGCAUUCCUCCAUUGCGACAAAAUUCGGGUGGUCACACACCACGAGUGCGACCUCAUGCUACGACGCUCAACAUUCCGGGCAUGACCCGGUCUAGAGUCUCGCCCGACGGAAAGAUUUCUUCUCGCGAUGUCGCUGCCAAGCUCGUUAUCGUCAUGGUUGGUCUGCCAGCACGAGGAAAGUCGUACAUCACCAAGAAGCUCCAAAGAUAUCUUUCUUGGCAACAGCAUGAUUCUCGCAUUUUUAACGUUGGAAACCGAAGACGUGUGGCUGCUGGGCGCAGGGUUUCUGUGCACCCCAAGCUGCAGCCAGAGGGAGAGCACCUGGACCCUCCUGUGCACGCCGCCUCCAUUUUGCUAAACGGCAAUCCCACGCCAUUUGGCCCUGAUCAAUCAGAGCCGGAGAAGCUUGAUCUUAACGAUGCUGCUCAGUCAGAGGUGGAUCAGUCUGCCACAUUCUUCGACCCCAAGAACCAAACAGCUGCCGCCAUGCGCGAGCAAUGUGCAAUGGAUACUUUGGACGAGCUGUUGGAUUAUCUGUUGGACCAGGGAGGCGCUGUCGGCAUCCUCGAUGCCACAAAUAGUACCAUUGAGCGAAGAAUGAACAUUGCUAAGCGUGUCAAGCAGCGGGAGCCCAAGCUGGGUAUUCUCUUCAUUGAGAGUAUCUGCCAGGACCCCAACCUUCUCGAGGCAAACAUGCGGUUGAAGCUAUCAGGCCCCGAUUAUCGCGACAAGGAUCCCCAGAAAUCAUUGGCAGAUUUCAAGAAGCGAGUCGCCGCCUAUGAGAGCGCAUAUGUUCCCCUAGGCGAGUACGAAGAGAAGAACGACUUGCAAUACAUCCAGAUGGUUGACGUUGGACGAAAGCUCAUUCAGCAUCGAUUGAAGGGUUUCCUCAGCAGUGGAAUCAGUACUUAUCUUGCCAGCUUUAACCUUGCUCCUCGGCAGAUUUGGAUUACCCGACAUGGCCAGAGUGUCGACAACGAGAUCGGAAGAUUGGGUGGAAACUCCGCCCUGACUGAGCGCGGACAUUGUUACGGCCAGGCUCUUCACAACUUUAUCACUUAUCAGCGCAAGCAAUGGUGUACGGAGCAGAAGAGCAAGAAGGCUCAAGCUUCCUUCCCUCCUAUUCCAGGCGACAACACACCUCCUUAUCCUGAACUGAACCGAGAAAUUGAAGACAAGAAUUUCUGCGUUUGGACCUCGAUGCUUGACCGCAGUGUGGAAACAGCCGAGUAUUUUGAAGCCGAUGACGACUACGAUGUCAAGAAUUGGGAGAUGCUCAAUGAAAUGAACUCGGGUCAGUUCGAGGGUUGGACAUACGCCGAGAUCGCGAAGAAGGAGCCCGAGGAGUUUGCAAAGCGAGCGCACGAUAAGCUUAACUACAUCUAUCCUGGAGUUGGUGGCGAAGGCUACCUGCAGGUUGUUAGCCGCCUGCGCGAUAUGGUUCGAGAAGUUGAACGUAUCGAGGAUCAUCUUCUCAUCAUUGGACAUCGCUCUGUUUGCCGAGUCUUGAUGGCUUAUUUCAUGGAUUUGUCCCUGGCAGACAUCACAGAUAUGGACAUUCCUCUGGGCAUGCUCUACUCUAUUGAGCCCAAGCCUUAUGGUCUCGAUUUCCAUGCCUACCGAUAUAACGAAGACCAGGGCUGGUUUGAGGAGCUGCCCAACUACAAGCCUCAAAAGACUGCUCGCAACAGUAUCAUCAAGCCACAGCAUUAA